GUUGUUGUCAAGGUCAAGCAUUGAGACUUGAGAGGCAGCGCAUGAUGAGUUUCAUGUGGAACAUUGAGGUAUUAGUCAUAGCUUUAGUUGUUGUAAGGAUCAGCCAUUGGUUGUACCAAUGGUCGAACCCAAACGUCAGGUGCAGUGGCAAGUUACCGCCAGGUUCAAUGGGUUUCCCGCUCAUCGGAGAGACAGUUGAUUUCUUUAAGCCUUGUGGAUUUCUCGAGAUCCCAUCCUUUUUUCAGAAUAGGAUGCAAAGGUACGGGUCGUUGUUUCGGACCAAUAUUAUGGGUUCUAAAACUGUGAUAUGUACGGACUCAGAUGUUAUCUUCGAGAUUUUUCGACAAGAGAACCAGUCUUUCGAACAUAGCUAUCCUGAUGUUUUUGUCAAGGUUCUUGGAAAAGAUAAUUUGUUUUUCAAGACAGGGGACAUCCACAAGCAUUUAAAGAAAACCACUAUGCAUCUUAUUGGUUCUGAAGGUUUGAAGAUAAAUAUGAUAAGAAGCAUGAACCAGGCGACCCGCCAGCAUCUUAACUGGAAGGCUAGCGAAGGCACAUUCGACCUUAGGGAUGCAGUUUCAAGUUUGAUAUCAUCGUACAUGACAACGAAGCUGAUAAGUAACCUCAAAACAGAGUCUCGAGCAAAACUUAUAGAUCAUUUCAAGGCCUUCAAUUUAGAUUGGAUCCGGUCACCCUUUGCUCCCUCCACCUGGAAAAUUAUUUACGAUGUCCUUAAGGCAAGAAAAGGAGCGAUGCAGGUAAUAAAGGAAGCUCUCAAGAAGAGGAAAGAGUCAAGAGAACAACACGGAGACUUCCUAGACACGUUACUAGAGGAGAUGGAGAAAGAAGGCAGCAUUUAUGACGAAGCUUCUGUAAUAAACCUUCUCUUAACUAUUGGAGUCAUCUCAAAAGAUACUACAUCUGUCGCUACUGCCUUGAUGGUCAACUUGCUAUUCAAAAACCCAAAAGUGCUUACAGAGCUGAAGAGAGAGCAUGAGGCGAUUUUACAAAAGAGAGAAGAUAAGGAAGCUGGAGUUAGCUGGGAAGAUUACAAAUACAACAUGACUUUCACUAACAUGGUUAUCAAUGAGUCACUUCGACUGUCAAACUUGGGUUCCAUAUUAUUUAGAAAGGCCCUGAAAGAUGUUGAAAUUAAAGGAUAUAUAAUUCCAGCGGGUUGGAUCGUGGCCGUUGCACCAUCUGUGGUUCACUAUAACUCUCAAAUCUAUGAAAAACCGUUGGACUUCAAUCCCUGGAGAUGGGAGGGGAAAGACUUGAGGUCAGUGACUAAAACUUUGAUGGUGUUUGGAGGUGGAACGAGACAGUGUGUAGGAGCAGAUUUUGCGAAGCUUCAAAUGACAGUCUUCCUUCACCAUCUUGUGACCACUUACGAUUUCUCGGUGGUCCAAGCAUGUGAGAUGACUAGGACACCAUUUCCUUGCAUCACCAAGGACCUGCUUAUAAACAUCUCCCCAAAGUCCCCCAAGUGAACCUUUCCGUUCCAAGUCUUAUUAAUUAACUCACUAGUUCUAAUAAAUUGAGCAUUUCAUCCAUAAUAAAGACUAGUUUCUGCAAUCUUAAGAAUCCUUCAGAGAUUCUGAUCAAUAUAACUAUAUAACUUAUCGUUUAUAAUUUUAAGAUAUUCUACCAUAUUUUUGUGUGAAUUGCCGCUUUAAAUUAAAGAACUUUCAAAACAAAUAAUCCAUAUUUUAAAAACCCAAUAACAAUGAAAAUGCUUUGGGAUUGGAGAGCGCUUGCUCAUGUUUGCAUGGUCAAAAACACUCGAACAAAACAGGUUUAUUUUUUUCCCUUUGUCCGCUACAACUAGGGUUGGGCAUAUUAUUCGUUAAAUUUCAUCCGAUCUAUUAUUUUUUUAGAUUUGAUCCAAAAAUCUGGAUAUCCAUACAGCUUCUGAUCAAAGAAAGUAUAGCAAAAUGUGAUAUCCGUAAAAAAUAAAGCAAAUCACACAUAUUAUUUUUUUAAAGCUGGAUAUCUGAUCCGAUCCGUAUAUUUAUGGAUAUGUAAUGUAAUUUUAUAAAAGCCAUUAUAUAUAUACACAUAUUUUAUGAAAUAACUUGGUUAAUUUUGUAUUUUAAGUUGUUUUUUAAUAUCUUUGUUUUGGGUUACUUAAUAUCUAGUUUAAUGUUUAUAUUGAGUCAAAUGUUAACAUAUGAUUUUUCUUAUUAGGUUGUUAAUAUUAUUAUUUUUUUGUUUUUGCUUUACAACUUAUGUUAAAGAUAUUUUUUUUUGGUAUGAUAUUAUUAUUUUAUUUUAAAUUGGUACCAUGAAGGUUUGUUUAUUUAAUUUUAAUGUUAUAUUUAAUUUACUUUUAUUUUAAAUAUUUAUGAUAUACCUGACGGUGAAUCGAGUAAUCCGCGAAUAUUUUUUAAAAAUUGGAUAUCCGUCAAAACGAAUCACAAAUAUAAAUAUUUGUUUGGAGAAAUUAUUAUAAAUUGUAAAGCCAUCAGCAAGUUAGACAAUGAUUUAGCACCAUGGCUAGGUUUUCUCGGUUAUCUUCCUAAAGGCUAAAACUAUCAUAGAUAUGAGGUAUUGGACAAAUAUAAUUUAACAUCUGGUUAAGAUGUUGAGCAUGACAAGUUCAAAAUUUGUCAUGCACAUGUUUAAAUUAUAAAUGGGUGAAUGUAGAGACAUAUUUAGUUAUUUUAAUGGAUGUGUUUUGAUGGAUAUGUUUUCGUGGAUACAUUUGUUAUAUUUCUGUUAGUAUUUUUUUGGAUAGAUUCUUUUGAUAUGUUUCAUGGAUACAUUUGUAUAUAUGUUAUGUCUAAUACAUAACUCACUUAUUCAAACUCAUUUGCUCAUAGCACUAUUUUCCAUCGACAAUUUUGUCGUCCAUAUUUUCGCCCAUCAAAAAUUUAUCCAAAAAACAUUGAUCCACAAUUAUCAAAAUACACGGUAAACAUAUUUAAAUUUGAUAUUUUUUAACAAAAUGUAUUAAAAUAUAUACAUAUGGAUAUCUAAAUAUAAAGAAAGAAAAGUUA